AUGGCGCCGAUCCCGUUCGUUACCGCCACCGACGCCCUUCACUCCGCCAAUGCGAUAACCCGCCCGCUCACCGAAACCAGAGCCAGCGCUCUAAUCUUCGGCCCGGGACUCUACCCUCACUUUGUCAACUGGCAAACCAACAUCGACGACCCUGAGCAACGGGCGCUUUACCCGACGUGUCAAGCAUGGAAAAACACCGUAAAGGCAGUUCAGCAGGAAGACAUCGGCGGUAUACCCAGUCCGCCAAUCUUCAAAGCGUUCAUGAACACACCGCGCGUCAAAGAGCAUUUCCACGGUCGCGACGAAGAUCUCGCCCACAUCUUCACAGACGUCGACGACGAAGAGGCAGAGAGAGGACCAGAGGACCUCCUCAUCGCGCGCGUCUGCAAACACACUAUCCACCCCGGUAACCCAUGCCUAAAAACCGAGAUUUGUCCCGUCUGCAUCAUGAAACAAUGUCUCGCGUCUCUCGAACGCAUCGCCUUUGUGUGGCGCAUCGUCGGUGGACCGUAUAGGCCCGGUCGAAACGAAACGGGGGUGUACAUGGUUGACCCUGGAGAGCUUGCGAUAUAUCUUGCGGUCAAGAGCUUGUGGAUCGUGGAGAAAAAGAGAUGGGCGAAUCUGGUGGGGGUUUAUGAGGAUUAUGCGGCGAGGGAGCGAGCGUGGGAAGAGGAUUCUAGACGGGGUGGCUUUGAGAUUCCGGGGGCGGUGAGGGAGGCGAGUACCUGUGUUGAAGCGUUGGAGCUGGCGGGCCAGAGUCCGUUCCUUGUGGAGGGGUGGAGUGAUGUCUUCGUCCCGACGAAGCGUUCGAGAAAGUGCGGCGCAGGGGAUGAACUGCAAGGCAGUUCUGUUAGCAGCGGUGAGCAGCCAUGUUCUCCACCCGAGACGCCUAAGAUGGAUUCAGAAACGUUACCGUACUCCACCAGGACUUCCGAUGGGACAGAGGAGGCAGACGACAACACCGCAGACUACUACCUCAGAGACCAUUCAGACUCGCCGCCUGCUGACCGCACAGCCGCCCGAGCGGACUCUCCAACUGCCUCUCCCCGAACUAAGACCUCCGCCAAUCCGACCGUCUACACGUCCUCUCCCCCACCGCCAUCCUCUCCACCCCAAAGUCGGUCCUCUUCCUUUGUACCAUCCACCCCCAUGUUCGGUGUAUACUUCCCGGACGAUCUCCCUUCUCCCUCCACCCGACGAUCGUUGUGCUAUCUUCGCACCUCUAAGUCCUAUAAACAAGGCAAACACGCAAGUCCAUACGGUAGUAUUAAGGUCGAUACGAGUUUCGCGAACAACUCCGCAUAUGACGAGUUUGGAGUCGCCGAAGAAGAGGAGCUGGAAAUCUCGACAGAGGCUCUGGACAAACCUGUUCAAGAAGCUGGUGAGCGUUUUGCGGGUUUCACAGACGUUGACCUAGACUCGGAAGACGAGGGGAAGGACAGUGAUUGGAGUGACACUACUGAUGAAGGAGAUGGAGAAGACGAUCUCAUGACGGUUGUGGGUAGAAGCACCGUGGGUGGAAAGAGGCUGCCGGGUCAGACCGGGGAUGUGAACUUCCGACGACCGGUGUUUACGUUUAGUUGGCCACACCGAAGAGAAGAGGAUGAAGAGGGCGAUACAGUCUCCGACACAAUCUCUGACACUAGUUCGGAUGAGUUCGAUGACGACGAGGUAGAAGAGGCGAUGAGAGAUAUGGAUAAUGUGGGUGCGGUAUCGCUGGCCGAGCCGGAUCUCCUGAUAACUCCCCGUCGCCGAAGUCAUGACGAGUUUGUUGAAUGCGAGGAGGUGGAUGAAGAGAGCCACGUCAAGAGAUCGCGCCUUUAG